AAGAAACCCUAAAAACCCCCGGAAGGAGUAAAACCUAAUUGGAACACUUAUCUCCCACACUCCCACCCAUCGCCGUCGCCGUUGCCUUAAUCGCGACUCCUGAAAAAUGCCUUUCAAGCGGUACGUGGAGAUUGGGAGGGUAGCUCUUGUGAACUAUGGCAAAGAUUAUGGGAAGCUCGUCGUGAUCGUCGACGUAAUCGAUCAGAAUCGGGCCCUUGUAGAUGCUCCUGACAUGGUAAGAAGCCAGAUGAAUUUCAAGAGGCUAUCAUUGACUGAUAUAAAGAUUGAUAUCAAGAGGAUCCCCAAAAAGAAGAAUCUUAUUGAUGCCAUGGAGGCUGCAGAUGUCAAGAACAAGUGGGAGAAUAGCUCCUGGGGAAGGAAGUUGAUUGUGCAGAAGCGAAGGGCCUCCUUGAAUGACUUUGACAGGUUUAAGCUCAUGCUCACCAAGAUUAAGAGAGGUGGUUUGAUCAGGCAGGAGCUCUCAAAGUUGAAGAAGCAGGUUGCAGCUUAGAAUGUUUCAAGUUGUUGAAAUCUAAAUUUUGAAAAAAAAAAGUUUUUUGCUACUAGUUUUCUUUAAAUCGUUUUUAUCUUCCAUGUAUUUUUGCUAUCUCGGAGGUACAUUUGAAGUUUUUUGCAACUAGUUGAGACUAAUAUGUGUAUCAAAAAUUCAUGGUUGUGAACGUGGUUUUUAAUUUAACAAUUGGUCAAGGGCAAUUUGAUAUUUGUUAUCAAUAUAUCAUCCAUUGAUUCCGAUA